CUUAAAUACCAACUCUCAAAAAUGAAAUGCUCUAUUAGUGAACUCUCCCACCCUAGUGAAGGUAGCGACAACAACUGUCCUGAUGUCUACUGUCCCAAAGGUAACUUUACUGCCUCUACUUGUGUCUACAGUGAGACUUUGAAUAAGACGGAUAAUACACUUGCCUCCAAGUACGAAUGUUCCAAACGUGACUUCUGUUCCUUGACUUGCUCUCAAAUCACCAGUGAUUACGAUAAGUUUUUGGACACUAGUAUUUACAACUCUGCUGAAAGAGGUAGUAUCUCCUAUGGUUGUAGCAACGGUAACUUGACUGGUAACUUGGGUGUUGCCGAAUUUGAAUCUUGGGAUCAAAAGCCUGUUGUUAGUUUUGCCGCCAAAAACCAACUUUCACUUCUCUUACCCGCUCUUCUCCUUGUCUUGUAUUUGCCCUUCAUCAAGAGAAUCUUUGGAAACUAA